AUUUUCUAUUACGAGUGUGUGAAAAUCUAAACCCUCUCUCUCUCUGUUUCUCUGUCUCGGUGUGUGAAAAUUGCACACACUUAAGGUGAUUACGAUCUGUCUGAUUGGAAUUGAAGAGAUUAGUGUACAGGGAGAGAGAGAUAGGAAACGCCAUCAAUUUCCUCUUCUCUAAGUUUCUUGUGGAGUAGCUUCUGUGGAGAAAAAACGAGGAUAGUUCGGAAUUUCAAUAAGAUAUUACAAUGAAGAAUAAUGAGCGUCUGGCUAAUUUGGCCCUGGCAGGUUUGACCCUGGCCCCACUAGUUGUGAAGGUAGACCCAAAUUUAAAUGUCAUUUUGACAGCUUGUCUAACAGUUUAUGUGGGUUGCUAUCGUUCUGUAAAGCCAACUCCACCAUCAGAAACAAUGUCAAAUGAACAUGCAAUGCGGUUCCCACUGGUUGGGAGUGCGAUGUUGUUGUCACUGUUUUUGCUUUUCAAAUUUCUGUCCAAAGACUUGGUUAAUGCUGUAUUAACGUGCUACUUUUUCGUUCUUGGGGUUGCUGCUCUUUCGGCAACAGUGUUACCUGCAAUCAAAAGAUUUCUACCCAAACCAUGGAAUGAUAAUGUCAUUAUUUGGCGUUUCCCAUAUAUUCGGUCUUUGGAGGUUGAGUUUACAAAAUCACAGAUUGUUGCAGCAAUUCCUGGAAUCUUCUUUUGUGCGUGGUAUGCUUCAAAGAAGCAUUGGCUAGCUAACAACGUCUUGGGGCUUGCUUUCUGCAUUCAGGGGAUCGAAAUGCUUUCACUUGGCUCAUUUAAGACUGGUGCUAUUCUCUUGACAGGGCUUUUUGUAUACGACAUUUUCUGGGUAUUUUUCACCCCCGUGAUGGUUAGCGUUGCUAAAUCUUUUGACGCUCCUAUAAAGCUUUUAUUCCCAACAGCAGAUUCUACACGUCCAUUUUCGAUGCUAGGUCUUGGUGAUAUAGUGAUCCCAGGAAUUUUUGUUGCAUUGGCACUAAGAUUUGAUGUUUCCAGAGGAAAAGAGAGCCAAUAUUUUAAGAGCGCAUUUGUAGGCUACACAGUUGGUUUGAUCCUCACUAUCAUCGUAAUGAACUGGUUUCAAGCUGCACAGCCUGCACUAUUGUACAUUGUGCCUGCUGUUAUUGGUUUUCUGGCUGCGCAUUGCAUAUGGAACGGGGAAGUCAAACCUUUGUUGGAGUUUGAUGAGUCGAAAACAAGUAGCUCUGAAGAAGCUGAUGAUGCAAAGUCGAGCAAGAAAGAAGAGUGAGAUUGAUUUGGAAGAUGGAAGUGAAGAGAAAUCCAAUUUGUUUACAAGAAACAACAUCAGAAAGUAGUCAACUAACUUAUGAUCCACAGCCACAGCCACAGCCACAGGUUGUUGUACCAGAUUUUGUUGAUUAGCAAAAGAUUAUAGUUUCUUACAGUUUCCAUUCUGAGAUUUCUCAAUGUUCAGACACAACUUCAGUAUUCACUCCUUUUUUCUAUUUCUUUCCA